UCGCAUCUUCUCCAAACAAAGCUUUAGCUUUAGGUUAUCUUCUCCUUUUUUUUCUCUCGAUCUGAAGCCCUAGAUUUCGAAAUUUCGACUAGAUCGGCCAUGGGAAACACGGAGAAGCUUUUGAACCAGAUCAUGGAUCUCAAAUUCACGUCUAAGUCGCUGCAGAGGCAGUCGAGGAAGUGCGAGAAGGAAGAGAAGGCGGAGAAGUUGAAGGUGAAGAAAGCGAUCGAGAAGGGCAACAUGGACGGUGCCAGAAUCUACGCCGAGAACGCCAUCCGUAAGCGCACCGAGCAGAUGAAUUACCUCCGCCUCGCCUCCCGUCUCGAUGCUGUUGUCGCCAGGCUCGAUACUCAGGCCAAGAUGACCACCAUCAGCAAGUCCAUGACCAACAUCGUCAAGUCGCUAGAGUCGACCCUCAACACCGGUAAUUUGCAGAAGAUGUCUGAAACUAUGGAUCAGUUUGAGAAGCAGUUUGUCAACAUGGAGGUGCAGGCAGAAUUCAUGGAGAGUUCGAUGGCUGGUUCUACCUCGCUGUCCACCCCUGAAGGUGAGGUCAACAGCUUGAUGCAGCAGGUGGCAGAUGACUAUGGAUUGGAGGUUUCAGUGGGGCUACCACAACCAGCUGCACAUGCAGUGCCAACCAAGGCGCAGGAGAAGGUUGAAGAGGACGAUCUGUCAAGGAGACUUGCAGAACUCAAGGCUAGAGGAUAAAAUGUAUAUAAGAAUCAGGUAAUAUGCGAGUCUGAUUUAUCAGUAUGUGUUGUAAAUUUGGCUAAUUUUGGAUUGAAGGGUUUGGGUACUUUCUACUACUUGUUAAAUAUGGAUGUUUUAUAUUUGUGGCAUAGUAAGCUUGAACUUGGUGAUAAGAGGGCAUAUAUGCUCAGCAUUGCAAGUUAUUUGAAAAAGUUGAAGCGCCUUAAAUUUUCUUUUUUUGGUUGAUUUGAAGUUCCAAUUUCUUCAUUUGUAAUAUCUGGGACUGAACUCAUUAGAUGGGUCAUUGUCAUAUGACCCACUCUGAUAUUCUUUUCUACCAAGAAUGAACUCCAGUUCUGUUGC